AUGUCAGCUACUGAACUUUUGCAAAAUUAUUAAGUUCCACAGCAACCAUCAACUUCACAUUAAGCGUUCGCUCCUCCAUCUUAAAGUAAUAGCGCUUCGUUUGGGCCAAUCAAUGAUGACUUUGAUUUCACAGCUUAAUUGAACUAAGCACUAUAGUUCAAUCAAAGUCUACAGAGUUAACUCCUGAUACCAGUGGAACCUCUUACCAAUUUCUAAAAUAUGCAGCCAUUCGCAAAUGCUAGUUUUUCUUUCUCGAGUGCUUAGCCAAGUAUUAAUUUAAACGAGAAAUAACUUUCAAUCACUCUAAUUAUCGAUAUGAUCAAUCAAAGUGAAAAGUUUACUUUUUCUUAUUAAGAAUGCAAUAAUGACCUAGAUAUUCUUAUUGAUUAGAUCUGCUACUUAAAAAGCAUUGAUAGGACCGAGGAUAUGAGGCUUGUUCUGGUACCAGACUUCAUCAUUCUAGACUUGGAUUGUAUCGAGGACGGCGAUACAGUUGUAUUGAAAAAUGUUCAAAGAGUGCAGUCUCUUGGCCAUUAUAGAGAAUAGUAAAGUAUGCAGAUGGUUUAUGAUGAUCCCAUGAGAUAUCUUUAAGAACAGCAUCGAGUCAAGAGAUAGUAUAUUAGAAGGUAGCCAUAACCAGGUUAAUAUAUACCAAAUGAAUAGCAUCAAAAUACUCUUAAUGAUCCAUCACUCGCUACAGGUGCGACAUAUAUUUAAAAUGGUAAGUUAAGACGCCGAGGAAAGAGAGGUAGACCUCCUAAGAAUGGUUAUUCAGAUGAAAAUUAGCCUAAAAAUACCUAUUAUUUCUCAAUCAAGCAAGCAACCUCUGGAGCAAUACCAAUUGAUUAUAACUCAUUAGUAGACACACCAGAAUUUUAAGAUUUCAACUUUUUGAGUUAAUCAAGGGAUGAGCUCAUUCACUUAUUCAAAACAGUAGCAGCAAAAAAAGGAUUCAAAGCAAUCAUACCCUUUACUGAUAGAAAUAAUCGAAUGAGUACCUCAACAUCAUUUUGCUGUAGCUUAGCAGGGCAAUCUGCAAGAAAAAAAUCUACUAAUUGUCCAUUUAAAGUUACUUACACAAAGAAUUUUGCUGAUCAAUACUACAAGCUAGAAAAUAAUUUCUUUAGCCAGCAUAAUCAUACCUUGCCGAUUGAUGAAUACUUAAUGAAUGAUAAUGGAUAGAAUCAAGAUGGAAUGCAGCAAGAAUACGUGGUUAAGGAAUAGGAAUAAAUUAUAGAAAAGUUAAUGCGAAAGAAAAAGGGACUUAAUGGUGAUAGUUCUUAGGAGUCUAGUUCUAGCUCAAGUUCAAGCGAAUCUGAUAGCCAGUAAAGUAAUAAGAGCGGAAGUGGAGAAGGAAGUAAAAGGAAAUAAAAGGAGAAAAAGAAGAACAAAAAGAAGAAAAAGAAGUCCGAUAAAAAAGAUAAGCAUAGUAGUCACAAGGAUCAUCAUAAUACCAGUCAUAGCAAUUUUGACUCGAUUAGAUCAUAGUUAAGUCAAAACUCACAAUCAUCUCAAGAAGUACUAAUAUUUGAUGAAUGA